CAAACAAGGCUCGUUCCGUCCUCCAAAUUAUUGGCCUUCUUGUGGCACUCUUAUUAGGCCAGAGCCCCUCGCUGAACAGAUGUUCAGCAUUCGGGCUGGGUAUAGCCUUUUGCAAAGUUUGACGACCGUCGCUGCCCAACCGAAAUUCCCCUCUCGGACAAUUUGCCAUGCUCUGCGGACGAGUCUUUCCGCCCGGAAUUACGCCACAACUUCUAACUUCAAGAAUAAAAAGGAGGAAGCAAUUGCAUCCUUUGACCAUGUAGAAGCCGAGUACAAGACCUACAAACCCAUCACUCCCGGUAUUCGUCAUCUAAAGCGCCCCAUUAACCCACACCUCUACAAAGGCAAGCCCGUUCGGCUGCUUACAGUCCCCCUCCGCAGGAAAGGUGGUAGAAACUCGACUGGACGCAUUACUGUACGGUUCCGAGGAGGAGGACACAAACGGCGCAUACGGGUUGUCGAUUUCAUGCGGAACGAGCCGGGGGUGUAUGAUGUUGUGCGGAUAGAGUACGACCCCGGUCGGUCCGCACACAUUGCACUUAUAACAGCACGCGAUCCGAAGACGGAGGGUACGGCAAAGUGGAAGUACAUAUUGGCACCAGAAGGACUCCGAGCUGGGGAUGUCGUGCAAAGUUUCAGGUCGGGUAUACCAGAGGACAUACACCGGGAGGUUUUCGGCACGCAAGAGGAGACGGCUGCAAAUGCUGAGGAAGUCGAUGUUGCCGAGAUGGAGCGGAGGGCGAAGGACAAAGCCACCACAGACGCUUUGGCAGUUGGCAUUCUCAGUGGAAAGACGAUCAAGCUUGGGAACUGUCUCCCUCUCCGACUGAUACCUACCGGAACGGUGAUUCACUGCAUCUCACUUAACCCGCAGGGUAAAGCUAUUCUCGUGCGCUCGGCGGGUACGUUUGCCCAGGUGUUGCACCACGAGGAGGGUGGCCGAUACAGUCAUGUCCGGCUCCAAAGCGGUGAAAUACGAAAGGUCCUCCAAAGUUGUGUUGCUACUGUGGGAAAAGUGAGCAACGCGGCAUGGCAUGGCCGUUCGCUUGGCAAGGCAGGCAGGAAUCGGUGGCUAGGAUGGCGGCCCCGUGUGCGAGGUGUUGCCAUGAACGCCUGUGAUCACCCACAUGGUGGUGGGCGUGGGAAGUCCAAGUCCAACAAGCAUCCCGUGUCUGUCUGGGGCUGGCCAACCAAAGGCAAACGCACCCGUAAGCCAGGACCGAAAGGACCCAAAAACAGCAACAAGAUGGUACUCAAGGAGCGUCCUCGUGGUAAAGAGAAACGCUCGGGUGUAUCUAGCAGAUAAUCUGGCGUAUACUCCAUAGGUCAUUUUAAUAUAUCAUGAUGGCUGCUUCACCAGAGGCAUCUAAACUGAGCCAGGUUGGUUCGUGUGCAGGCGCGGUCACGUGGGGGGACGCGUUUAUGGCUGGGCACGCGCGUCUGUUUGCUGUGU